ACCGCCGAACCGGUCGACGAUCCGGCACCCGCGAUACCGGCGCCGUGUCCAGAUUUAAGCUUCUUCUUUGCCGGGCAGGAUCUCCGAAGAUCUCCUCACUCGCGCGUUAAGUUAACUUUGCACCAUCCGUCACUCGCGCGGUCACAGCAACGCGAUAGAUCCUGAUCCGACUGCUGCUCGACCGAGGGAUCGAGCGCGAUCGUUCUUCGCCGUCAAGGAAACGGCCCUGUUGAGCGAACAGUAAUUUUUGGGAAACGCACACUAUGGCUGUGAAGGCCACGAUCCUGGUGUUGAUGGUCACCCUGGUGGUCGUCGCGUCCGCUGGAUUACUCGAGACCCUACUCUCGUUACUCUCGUGGGAUCUUCCGGAGGUCGAGGCGAGAUCGACCACGCCGCAGUCCAAGUGCCUGUGCCAGACGUCCGGCUGUCUCUGCUGCAUCGAUCUGAACUUGACGGCCACGAUUGAUCUAGGUGGGCCGGCAUGUGUCAACAUCAAGCAAAAGGAACAGAAUAUCUCAUUGAACUUGAGCUACGGCGACAAUCCACUUCACAAUGCUACAAUAAAGAUUGCAAACGCGGUCAACAAACCGACAUGCAUGAACCUGUUGUCAGAUCUGGCGCAGAUUUGUGCGCGAUUUACAUCGGUGAAACAAUCUGAUGUCGGUGGCUACGAUGGCUGCAUGGUAAUCGAGCCGGCUUUGUUGGGCGCGCCGCAAGCCACGUACCACAUAGGGUGCUUCAACUUUUAUCAGGGUGUUCGACAAGUAGAAGUCUCCGCCAUCACGGAGACGACGGAGCCCGCCAACAACGCAGACGAAGAGGAUGAUACCCUGAACACCGACGAACUGAUUGCCGCGGUGUCCGCCAGCGCCGAGCAGGGUAUCGCGUUGUUCACUCAAUGGCUGGGUCUCAACUUGAAUCCAAAGCUGAAUCUCACGAGCAAGGAGAACGGACAAUCAUCGGAGGACCAUCAUCAACAGCAAAUGACGAAUAAUGGAAGAACAUUGGAACCACCGACUGACGUGUCUUCAAGAUUUGCUCGCAACAUGGGUGAUAUCAUUCAGAACGAGAAGAGUGACGAGCGCUUCAAGCAGCUGUUGAGCGCCCAAGACAAUGUCCUGAAAGGUUCAGCGACUAUCGGGCAGUCCCAAGGCGCGGAGACCACGUUUGUUUAUUCCAGGCCAAGCGAUGUAAUGACCGAGAAAAACGCGACCGAAGAAACCAAGAGGAAGCUCGAAGCGGAGGCUGUGGUGCCGCUACAUCGAGUCGUGGUGCCGAAGGAAUCUAGAAGAGGGGGACGGGCGUACAACAUUCAUCAGCACGUCAACGAGAUCUGAGCUACGUCGUGUAGUCGGUGCUUCGUGCAGGAGACCGCUGCCGACUCCUUCCUUUAGAACUAGAGUGCCGCACGUAGACUACACUCAUACGUAUGCACGCGGAGCUGGGCGAUGGAGAGAAGAUUUCAUCGUUUCGUUCGAUCAUCUCACUCGUCAUAGGGUGACACAUAACUGCGGUAAUUCAAUCUUCGCGAUCAGUAAAGAUCGUGAUUCUCGAUAAUAUCACGGAGCUCUGACAAUGCUGUAAAUCAGUAUCAUUUCAAUUUACGGUAGCAAAAUAAGAUUAUAUCUUAGCAUCGUAAUUCAAUCUUUGAUAGCAUCUCCGUCUUUCGAUAGUAGCACAAUUACUGUCAUCAUAUCCAUAUCGUUUUUAUACUGCACUAUAGCACACGAGAAAUCAAAUUUUCUUAAUUUUAAUAUAAAGCUAUAUAAAGUUUAUUGAUAAUUGUUUGUUGAUAAUUUUAACAACUAUUUAUAGAAUGUGUGAAGAGAUAAUUUCCACAAGCUUUAUUUAUAGAUUACUAAACUAUAAAGUUUUGUUAUUAUAAUAAUCAGUUUGCUGCUCCCAAAAUGUCGAAUUUUAUUAUUUAUGAAAAAAGAUGGCUAACAUAGUGACACUAAAUUGUAAGUCAAGUAUACAAAAUAUACAAUAUACAUUGUAUAUUUCUUCAUUUUUCUUGGCUUAAAAUUAAUAUUUAUAAAUCAGUAAUCAUUUAUUAGUAUUUAACAAAAGUGCAUUCUAAGGUAAAAAUAUGAAAAAUCUAGAGAUUUAAGCUAUCAUAUUAAAUUUAAACUUUAAUAUUUUGCAAGCUACGCAAAGUAUUAUUUCAGUAAAUUUUGUAAAACGAUUCAUAGAACUUGAAGCUAUUCAGAGAGACACCGAUUUAAUAUUUUGGAAGUAAAAACCAAGAAUUCUACAUAACAAGGAAUUCACAGUGCAAAAACAUAUUAUAAACACUGUAUUAAUUCAAAUAAAAAAUAUUUUGAAUAAAUUUUAUAUAUACACACAUUAUCAAAAAUAAUGCAUCCUUCAUUUAUAAAAUCCGACAUUUUGACUACACAAACCCAAUAAUUUUAAUUAUCAACAAAAUAUACAUCGACAAGCGUUAUUCCGAUUUAUUUUAUAAUUAUUUAUACUCGCUCAGCUCCUCCAGUAUGAUCUCCCGCGAUUGUGAUCAAUGUUUACUCUCGAUUUCACUUCGAAAUCGUUCCUUCUUGCGCGACGAUGUACUAAUUCUUCGAUAAUUACUCACAAGAUUUUGACUAAACGUACGAUUGAUUUCUACGUUUUACUGGAAACUUAGUUGAUCAGUUGCUAACUAACUACAAGCGAUUUACUUACUUUAAAAUUAAAAUAAAGAUUCGACGACAAUUAGUUCUAAGAAAUCAGGAGUUGUUCAUCAACUAGCUUAGGCAUUUUCAUCGUGCGUAUUUUGCGUUUCUUAUUUUUCAAGCCCAUCGACACUAUAAUAAAUUCAGAGAAAAUACAACGACAGUUUGAUAUCAUCCGUGUACAUACAAAGGUACUAAAUAGUGAACGAAAUAGGCUAUACAACUGUCGUAAGGAUAUGCAAUUAUUCCGCAUGUGACAUGGAAAUAAUAAAUAAAAAAAUAAAAUAUUCAUCAUUCUU